AUGUAGAAAAUCAACUUUGAUAAUUAAAAAGAAGAAGAGUUAAUUUAAAUAGCUAAAAUCAUUUUCCCAGGUUCUAGUGAUAAAUAUUACCCUGAAUUUUAUAAAACAAUCCAAUAUGUAUAAAUGGAAGAAGCUAAUAAAAUUCCAUUUUCUUUAUUAGAACAUAAAGAUAAGACAACUAAUAAUUACAUUAUUUAUUUUCAUGGAAAUGGUGAAAAUAUGUAUUAAUUUUAAAUAAAUUUAGAAAUGACUCUAAAUAUUUGGUAGCAGGUUUUUUAAAAUAUAUUAAAGCCAAUUUUAUACUUGUUGAGUAUCCAGGAUAUGGAAUCUACAAAAAUACAAUUACUAGCGCUGAGUAAAUACAAAAGGAUGCUUUAAUAGUGUUCGAUUAUAUAAAAUAAAAAUUUGCACUAAAUGAUAAUUAAAUUUAUGUAUUUGGAAGGUAAUUUAUAUUUAUUUUAUCAAGAUCGAUAGGAACUGGUCCAGCAUUUUAUUUAGGAGCAAACAGAAAUUUUGCUGGUUUAAUAAUUUUGUCUGCUUAUAUAACCUUAUAUAAGUUAGUAAAUGAUUUAAUUCCAUAAAAAGCUCAUUUAUUAUUAAAUGAGAAUAAUUUGAAUAAUUAAGAGAAUAGUCAAAAAAUUAGAUGCAAAUGUUUAUUUAUUCAUGGGAAUAAAGAUAAACUUACAUUCUUAGAACCAAUUUAAGAAUUGUAUAAUAAGUAAAUAAUGAUUAAAAUUAAAGUUUACCUGCUCAUAUCAAAGAAAAUUCAUAUUUAUCCAUAUAAGAAAAUAUGGAACAUAAUUCUUUUGAUUUCCAAAAAAAUUUAGUUGAACCAAUAUAAAACUUUUAUCCUGAGUUAAAGAUGAUUAAUAUUGUUGAAGAUGAUAAUGAGUAUGAUUAAUAUGAAUGA